GUGGACAUCAUCCGGACAUCCCGACCCACAAUGGCCACCAACUUGAUCGCCCUAGCGGUUACCGUCCUACUGUCCGGCUUGGCGAAGGCAGAGUUCGUGGUGCAGUUCGGUGACUCGAUGAAGCCCUGCUCCGACGGACAGGGCGGACUCUUGCUCGAUCUGUCCGAACUGCAGGUGAUCCCGAACGAGAACGACAGUAUGCUGAUGGACGGGAAGGUCCGGCUGAGCAAAGCCCUCGAGAGUCCCAUCGAGCUCAACAUCUACACGAAGCGGCUGGAGCAAGGCGAAUGGAACGAUGCCGUCCUUGGGCGCAAGGUUAUCGAUCUGUGCCCGCUGCUGCAGGUCGCUACCGAGCCGUGGUUCGUCAUCACCAGCGCCAUGGCCCAGAAGGAGUGUCCGUUUCCGGAAGGACACGAGGAAUCGUUUUCCAUGCUCGAGGUCGGCGACUUUGGGUUCGAAAUCCCGCCGGAUUUUGUCGGCGACUGGAAAGCGUUCUUCGAAGUCACCUCCAAGGGUACCAUGUCCUGCAUGAUGGCGGAGUUCAGCAUCGUCGAAGUCUAGA